AUGGCGAAGCUGCUCGAGCACAUUCACCGCCUCAGCUUUUGGCUCGUGGGUGGAACGCACACGGAGCCCCCUGCCAUCCCAAUCCCGUCCAAGUUCCGACCGCUCGCGGAGGAAGUCGUCCUCUUUCUGAACCUUCGUGGCAAGUUGCCGAGUGACUGGACCCGCGCACAGAUCAUGAGCUACGUGGACGACUCCGUGAGCGACCGGGAGCUCCAGGCGCACGUGAUGGCUCACCUGCGCGACACGGCUGGCGUCCACUUUGACUCCAAGUUGAACCCGUCUGCCCCGCAGCCGAUGUAUCUUGGCCAGAUGACGAUGGCGACGACCUGGGGCACUGAGACGACUACCUCCGCUGUCGGGGAUGCCGAGGCGGACUUGUGA